AUGCUCAUCUAUUUGCCCAGAAAUCAUUUCUCGUCGAUCAAGAAUAAUGCGACAAGUGUUCACUUUAAUGUCACCGAAGGUUAUAGUAGUACACAAAUUCGUAGUAAUGUAUCUCCUAAUAGUAAAAGUUCGCCGGAAUUUGUUUGCGGUGCUGGUGCUGCUUUCGCCAAUAUUGUCUUGACUUUUCCUGUUAAUAAAGCUAUCUUUCGCCAACAGAUUCAUGGUAUCAAUUUAUCCAGUGCAGUCAAGCAAUUACAAUUAGAAGGUGUUCGAAAUUUGUAUCGAGGUCUAGGCCCACCAUUGUUGUUAAAGUGUACUACACUUUCCUUGACUUUUGGCCUGUAUGACUUUUAUAAUAAACAGAUCCAUCGUUGGAAUCAUGGAUCAACACUUCCUGCACUACCGGUAAAAUUACUUGCCGCUACCUUAGCUGGAACCACUGAAGCAAUCUUGACGCCGUUCGAAAGAGUUCAAGUCUUGCUCCAAGACCGACAUCAACAAAGGAAAUAUACGAACACGGUACAAGCUUUUCACAAUUUAAAGCGUUUUGGUUUAAAGGAAUAUUAUCGCGGUUUAACUCCGAUCUUAAUACGGAAUGGACCUAGUAAUGCUGUCUAUUUUGCAUUGCGAGAACCUGUUCGAAAUAUUUUGCCUAAUUAUCAAUCGAGCGCCGGCAAUAUCGCCAGUGAUUUCGUUAGUGGUGCCGUUCUUGGUGCAGUUAUCAGCACCAUGUAUUAUCCUCUCAACGUCGUUAAGAGUGUCAUGCAACGGAAAGCUGGCGGAGAGUUUACAAGUUUCAAUAAAACCUUUAUCAAGGUCUUUAACGACAGAAAUCGUAGUGUUCAAAAAUUGUAUUACGGCGUUCAAGCUAAUUUUAUGAGAUCAUUAAUCUCUUGGGGCAUUAUCAAUGCCACAUACGAAAUACUCAAGAGGAACUUUUUUCAACCUGAUAAUAUCAAAUCGCUUUAA